GGUCUUGAUGAGUCAGGAUUGGAUGCAGCUGUGCAGCUCUCUACCUGGAAUCAGGUCCUGGAAAGUCCUGGAUCAGGCUUGGAGGUUGUUGGAUCAUGGAUGAGUCUGCGUUGGAGCGAUACUUUGAUGACUCGAUUGCAGAUGACUCCAGCUUCAUUUUGGGGGAGGGGCUGGGCAUUCAAAGCCACGCCCACCCCACCCAAGGCUCCACCCCCUCCCUUUCAAUGAAGGCUGGUUCAGGCACAGAGCCAGGCGAUGAUUUGGACCUCAGCUUCCCUGAUGACCUCAGCUCGCAGGUAGAGCCUGGUCGUCAUAACAUGGCUGACAGUCAGACUGCAGCUCUAAACGUGUCUCAGGACAGCGGAAUCUUCACGGACUUCAACUCCCAGGAUUCCACGGCAGCUGACAGCCAGCAGGGAGCGCCACCGUCUGUACCGGUGCCUCCCCUUCUGCCCAUGACCCCCAUGACUCCCAUGACCCAAUGACCUGUGACUGAGAUAGGGAUCAUCCCCCAGUUACAAAACAUUGUCUCCACAGUGAACCUCGGCUGUCCUCUGGAUCUGAAGUUUAUCGCCCUGCAGGCCAGAAAUGCUGAAUACAACCCCAAGCGUUUUGCUGCUGUCAUCAUGAGGAUCAGAGAACCCAGAACCACAGCGCUCAUCUUCAGCUCCGGGAAGAUGGUCUGUACCGGAGCCAAGAGUGAGGAGCAGUCACGGUUAGCAGCGAGGAAGUACGCUCGUGUGGUUCAGAAACUAGGCUUUCCUGCUCGCUUCCUGGACUUUAAGAUCCAGAACAUGGUGGCGAGCUGUGAUGUGUGUUUCCCCAUCAGACUGGAGGGCCUGGUCCUCACACACCAGCAGUUCAGCAGUUAUGAACCAGAGCUGUUUCCUGGUCUGAUCUAUCGGAUGGUGAAGCCUCGCAUUGUGCUGCUCAUCUUUGUGUCGGGGAAAGUGGUUCUGACCGGAGCUAAGGAGCGAGCGGAGAUCUACGAAGCGUUUGAGAACAUUUAUCCGAUCCUGAGAGGCUUCAGGAAACAGUGAGGAUGGACCUCUGACAUCACUUCUUGUUGUUUAUAUAUGGUAUAAAUAUUUACUGUUUGUUUAAUUUUUUAAAACAUGGAGGACGAACGAGCCGCUGUUUGUUUUAAAUUCUGUCAAAGGUUUUCAUCCCCAAGAAAAUAAAGAGACUGAUCUGUU